AUGUUGGCAAAAAGUAUGAACGUCGAGUAUGAAGACGUGGAUGCCGAUCUGAAAAGCUUCAUCUUCCAGCAGUUGAAAGAGAGAAGUGACUGUAUCAUCAACCUGUUUGAUGUCAAUUCGUGCAAGAAACUGUUGAGUUACAGAGGAGAUUGUGUGCUACACAAAAUGGGAUGCCUGGAGCUUCUUAAAUGGAGCACAAUCGAGGUAGAUUUUGACCACAGCCUUCUAUUUGGCACAUUGCUACUCAACUUAUUUACCAUGAUGAUGCCAAGAGGCUUAAAGAAUCCUAUUCUCUUGGAAAUAUCGACAAAUACACCAAAAUCAGCGAAGACCAUCAGAUUUUUCCAACAAAGGAGAGGGACAAUCCGAGCCAAGGUAGACGAAGCUUGCUACGAAUUGUACGGCGUCGAAACCGAUUCGUUAGAAGAACUUAAAGGAGACAAGACGAAAUCCGUCCUCUUCUACGGCAGCCGACUAGCACAGCAAUUGCAAGCUUUGGAAUUCGAAGCAAAAUGGGACAUGGUGAACAAAUUGUGGGUCGAGUUAUUGGCAUAUUCUGCGGCUCACUGUGGAUGGAAAGAGCAUGGUCAAGAAUUGAGGAGAGGUGGCGAGUUGCUGACUCAUGUUUUCUCCAGUAUUAUCAUUGUUGAUGCUGAAAUAUCAGAUGAAAAAACAAUUUCUAAUGUUGACGAGCAGGAAAUGAACGCUUCCUCUGCAGCUCAAACGUUCAAUGGCGACGAUAAGGAUAUUGACAUAAUUGCAACAUACAGUGAUGGUUCUGGCACUAUUCGAACAAGUAGGGUGAAAAUGAAGGACCUUUCUGCUUCCUGGGUUCUCGAAAACCCUAUCAAUGUGAAGGGCUCACAAUCACAGGUAAUUAAGCUGAAAGAAUCAUAUCAAACUACCACACCAUUUGAAGAAAAUGUUGGACAUUCUACCGAUGACGAUCAAUUGCAAGAAGAUGAAGUUGAAAAUCAUCGACGGCCAUCAUGGAGUCCUGUGAAGUUCAAGCGCCAGAUGCUGCGGCAAAAGAGGAGGGAACUCCGUACCGCAGAACUUAUUCGCCAAGAUAAAGAGGCUAAUAAACAGAUGCAAGCAACAGCAGCAAUUGAGAGCUUAAAAAACAAUGACAUUGUUGUCCAGGGAAAAUACAGUAUAUGGAGAAGAGAUUACGAGAAUCCUAAUUCUGAUUCAACCUUGAAGCUUAUGCGUGACCAGAUUAUCAUGGCAAAAGUAUAUGCAAACAUUGCCAAGUCCAAGAACAAAACUAUUCUUUACAAUUCUCUUUUGCAACAUGUCAGAGAAAGUUUAUAUGUUAUUGGAGAUGCUGACUCUGAUGCCGAGCUUCAUCCUGGUUCACUUGAUAGUGCGAAAGCAAUGGGGCAUGCAUUGUCUAUGGCAAAGGAUGAACUCUACGAUUGUUACGUAGUUGCAAGAAAACUUCGAGCCAUGCUUCAGCCAACGGAAGAUAAUCUCAAUUCAUUGAAGAAAAAGAGUUCCUUCUUGAUUCAGUUAGCCGCAACAACCGUCCCGAAACCACUGCAUUGCCUAACACUGCAGCUAGCAGCAGACUACUACAUUCAUGGAUAUCAGAACAAGAAGGAUCCAAAAAACGAAAAGCUUGAAGAUCCUUCUUUGUACCAUUAUGCCAUAUUUUCCGAUAACGUACUGGCAACAUCGGUGGUUGUCAAUUCAACAGUGCUGCAUGCGAACGAGCCGGAGAAACACGUUUUCCAUGUAGUGACUGAUAAACUGAAUUUUGCUGCGAUGAGGAUGUGGUUCAUCAUGAAUACUCCUGAAAACGCAACAGUCGAGGUCAAGAACAUCGAUGAUUUCAAGUGGUUGAAUUCAUCUUACUGCUCCGUUCUUCGACAACUCGAAUCUGUUAGAAUUAAAGACUAUUACUUCAAGGCAAAUCAUGCUUCGUCUCUCUCUGUUGGUGCUGACCAUCUCAAAUAUAGGAACCCGAAAUACUUAUCGAUGCUUAAUCAUCUUAGAUUCUAUCUUCCUGAAGUCUAUCCGAAGCUCGACAAAAUCCUGUUUUUGGAUGAUGACAUUGUAGUUCAAAAGGAUUUGACGCCUCUUUGGGAUGUUGAUCUGCAAGGAAUGGUAAAUGGAGCAGUGGAGACCUGUAAAGAGAGCUUCCAUAGAUUUGAUAAGUAUCUCAACUUCUCCAAUCCAAUAAUCAUAGAGAAUUUCAACCCAAAUGCUUGUGGUUGGGCAUUCGGGAUGAAUAUUUUUGACUUAAAGGAGUGGAGAAAGCGAAACAUCACGGCCAUAUAUCAUCAUUGGCAAGAUUUGAAUGAGGAUAGAACUCUUUGGAAGCUUGGCACAUUGCCACCGGGACUGAUCACUUUCCAUAACUUGACUCAUCCGCUGGACCGAAAAUGGCACGUAUUAGGACUCGGAUAUGAUCCGGCCCUCAACAAAACCGCGAUAGAAGAGGCAGCUGUCAUCCAUUACAAUGGAAACAAUAAGCCAUGGUUGGAUCUGGCGAUCGCCAAGUACAAGUCAUACUGGUCUAAAUAUGUAAGUUCUGGUAAUUAUUACCUUCAACUCUGCAAAAUGAGGGAAUGACAGGUUUUUCAACCCUUUUUUCUUCCCUUUCCUCGUGCUUUCACUUCUUUUCACACUUGUGGUUCUUUUAUCAUGGUAAAGAAAAGGGUCAUUCUUUUAUGAUUC